CGGCUCCCCUGCUGCUCUCCCUUAUCUCUCUCCCUGCCAGUGCCUGCCACACCCCUGCCCCAACCUUUGUACCUUGCUCCUGAAUUGUUUUCCCUCGGCCGGGAGUCCCUGCGGCUCACUUUCACUCACACCCGCUCUCCUCGAAAGCGCCCCACCAUGUGCACUGGGAAGUGUGCCCGCUGCGUGGGCCUCACCCUCAUCCCCCUGUCCCUGCUCUGCAUCCUGGCCAGCCUCCUGCUGGUGCCGGGCGGCAAGACCACCUGGACCGACGGCCACCUCAGCCUGCAAGUGUGGCUCAUGGCCGGCUUCAUCGGCGGGGGCCUGAUGGUGCUGUGUCCCCCGGGCAUCGCCGCCGUCCGCGCAGGGGGCAAGGGCUGCUGCGGCGCGGGCUGCUGUGGAAAUCGUUGCAGGAUGCUGCGCUCCGUCUUCUCCUCGGCAUUCGGGACGCUGGGCGCCAUCUACUGCCUCUCGGUGUCGGGAGUCGGGCUCCGAACCGGACCCAAAUGCUUAAACGGCCAGUGGGACUACCACUUCAAAGACGUCCCAGGCUCCUACUUGCGCAACCGGCACGCUGUGGGACUGCGUGCGAGGACACCGCCCCGCGUGGUGUACUGGAACGUGACGCUCUUCUCGCUGCUGGUGUUCGCGUCGUGCCUGGAGCUGGUGCUGUGCGGGGUGCAGCUGGUGAACGCCAGCCCUCGGCGUCUUCUGCGGCCGACUGCAGGAAGAGGAGGGUGGGGCGGGGCGCGGGGGGGAGCCGGGGCGAGGAACCCCUGGCUCCCUGGCCGCGUCCUCACCUCGUCUUUCCCGCAGGGCGCCCCUCGCUGAGGCCCCACCCGCCGCCCUGCUCGCUCCCGGACGCCGCCGGCCCUCCCCGCCCUGGAAUAAACCUCUGAGCUCU